UUGUAUUCGUGUCAUCGUUGCAUAUUAACAUUUUUUGUGUGGAGAAACGUUGUCUCCUCGGAACACUGGAAUACGGUAUAGAAAAAUUUACAGAUUCCAUCGGUCUGCUCGUUCCGGUCGUCGGAAUUCGUGUGACUAUGUGUAGUAAACCCACGGGGCGACGUUUUGCGUCCAAUUCCGGCUGAGGAUUUACCCAAUCGAGUGUACCGGUCUAAUUGUGUUGGUCGUCUUCAAGAGAGCGUUAUCAGUGAUAUAAUUGUGUGUAGUUGAAAAAAUUUGUUAACUGUUGAAAUUUCCCCAAUAUAGACACACCCGUUUAAUGCUACUGAUUGGCACAUUCUACCUUAUAGUUCAGAGAGUGUUUUCGAUAUCAUGUGCGCGGGUUUUUGCAAACUCUGCGGGGGUGCACAAAAAAGUGGUUGAAUAGAUAACGGUGAACAGCAACAGCAAAAAAAAACAUCGAUGUGUUAUUAGUUCUGACCGUAAAACAGUUGAUCAUCAGUUUCGUUGUUUAUCCCUACUUCCGGUGUAACGUGACUCGUGACGUCCGUUUCAGUUUUAGUUUUGAUAAACCGGCUAGCAGUGGUAAUGGCAUAAGUAAAUUCGAAGAAUUUAGAAGCUGUCUCUAGUUUGUGAAUUUGAGGGCGAUUCCAAUUGUGUAACCGGUAGCAAGCAACGAAGACAUAAUUGAAACUAGAAAUUAUCCCGGUGGUGGUGUGCCUGCCUCCCGAAGGAAGCGCAUUUCGAUGGUAAAGGCACCUGUAUUACCCUCCGUGCUACAGCAGCCGACACAUACGCAAAAGGAAUCUAUUGUGCAGCUCCAACAACAACAGCCUUUGCAUCAAUUUCCUUUUCCACCACCGACGACGCAAUACUACCAAAUAGGUUCGAUCAAAAAAACACGUCGUCCUCAAAUGGCGACCGAGCCACCGAGUGGCGGUGGUGGAAGUGGCGUGGUUGUGACCUCUACAGCGGCCACAACUGCCGCCAUCGCUGUAGUGGCUCCAACAGCUCGUACUGUGCAAGCUCCGACACCCUCGACAGCUAACGGACUUGGAGUUCGGCAGGCUACAGCAGGGCCCACUACACAGCCAAUUCAGCCGAUGCACCACAUCCAUCACCAUCAUCACCAUCCGAUGCUGAACGGAAUUGCAACGGUGGCUACGGCUAGUGCAAGUGCGGCGGGAGCUGCAGCCACCAUAAGCGCCGCUCCGAUACCAACCAAUGCGGCCGCGGCUGGUCACUCGGCGGCGGCUGCCGGCUGGCCUAUAGUGGAUCCGGUUUUCCACUUCGGGCCCGGCUUUGAACCCCAAACUCGGCCGUACUGUCCCGCUCAUCCGCCCUCGGAACAUGUAGUGUUCUUCCAUGUCAGUCCCGGUGUUUCUGUGACAUUCCAGAUCGGCAACAAUCGAGAAAUUAUUCGAGGGCCUGUUACCGUACCGAUGGUGUCUCAAAAUGGUACACCUCCGAUGGCAAUGCCGGUGCAAGUUCCACCGGGUCACGUGAUGCAGCAGAUUGUCGACGAGAAUGGCACCCUGCGGCACGUCAUUCUCUCCACCCAGCAUCAGCAGCUUGGCCAGGGCGGCGUCCAGCAUCAUCUCCAUGGACAUUUUAUCAACGGUAGUACACCACAGUUCUAUAAUCAUUUGGCGGCUGGAUACCAGGCCGGACCAGGACCGGGUGCACCGCACCUUUUCCAGUCACCUCUGAUAGCCGGUGCAGCAGCUCCUGGGGGUGGAACAGCAGGGGCAGGAGGUGCCGCAACCCACACGCUGCACACCCCUCAGUCGAACGUGACCCAUUCGCCCUCGCCACCUCACAACAACAACAAUCAGUACCACAAAGACGAACGAGCCGUGCGACAACACACAAAAAUGUUACGAAAACUGGAACAGAAACAGCGUGAAUUGAAUGCAUUGUCCCCGCGGAAGCACACGGAAACGAAUGGCAGUGUACGUAAGCAUCAGCACCAUCACCAUCAGCAGCCGUCGCAUCAGCUGUUGCAUCAACAUCUACCCCACCAGGUUUCAACGGCCCAUCAACGGAAUGGUACAUCGUCGGUGGCAACUUCCGAAGAUGGCGAAGAGUCGCCAAGCAUUCCGGACGAAGAAGACGAUAUGCAGGCAAUCAUAGAACAUCUCAGUUCGGUGCAAUCUCCACAGGUCAACGAAAUUACUUCACGGUCUGCACUGUUCCAAUGGUCCGUUCCAUCGCCAAUUCCUCCCAGUGAAACGCUUCCGUUCAAUGUGCAGGAUCUACAUUACGAGCUGCUUCUUAGCGAUCCGGGCAAAGAAAAUAAGUACAAGAGUAUUUUCAAGGGUAGCUCAUUGAGUUGUAUGGUGCAAGAUUUGCGUCCCGGCCAAGAGUAUACGGUUCGAUUGCAGGUUUACUUGGAACAAUGGCAUGGCGCACCAACUGACCCUACGGUUUUCAACACUCCACCUUGUGAGCCGGAUGUUCCGAAGGCACCAACUUUGAUAGCAAGAACGAAAAAUUCCCUCCAACUGCGUUGGAACGCGGCCACUGAUAACGGUGCCCACAUCACCAAUUAUAUUUUGGAAUACGACAAUGGCAAAUACAACGGAAUGAUACACUUGAUCAAUGCCGAGAAUUGUGAUUUUAUUGAAGUUUGCAAAACGAAAGGAAAACAAUUCACGGUUAAUAAACUGCAUCCAUCGACGUUCUACAUAUUCCGAUUAUUGGCGGUCAACGAAUACGGUCGUAGUGGGUAUUCGGAUUUAGCCAAAUUCAACACCGCUGGUAAUCCACCGCAACAACCCCCACCACCAACACUACAACAUGCCUCGGCCACAACUUUGAAGUUGGCCUGGCAGAGGAGAUCACAAAGCGAAGGAUUCACGCUGCAAAUGAACGAUUUGGACCAAGGCUACGGCUACAAGAACAUCUACUCCGGUCUAGAAACCGUGUACGAAUGUGUAGGUUUAAGGAGGGCAACGACAUUCCAAUUCAGACUAAAAGCCGAAAAUGAAAAUGGUACAAGUCCCUUUAGCAAGGAGGUGAUAUUUAAAACACUUCCAGCUUGCCCAGGUCGACCUGCCAAACCGCAGGUGAAAGGUAAAAUACAUGCCACUGCAUUUAAGGUCAAAUGGGAUCCACCGGUCGAUACGGGUGGUGCUGAGAUCAGUCUGUACCAUGUGGAGAUCAAUUCCGGGUCAAUGUACGAACGGGUAUACAGUGGAAAGGAACCGGAGGCGUUGAUCGAGCGACUGAGCCCCGGAACUGCUUAUCAAAUAAGGGUAUUGUGUGAAGGUCCGGGAGGGAUAAGUGCAUUUUCGGAGCCUAGUCUUGUGACAACGGAACCGGUGACUCCGAGAGCUCCUCAACGGCCCCAUUGCAAUGGUGCACCUACACCUUAUGCUGCUUGUUUAAUGUGGGAAAAACCGGAUUACAACGGCGGGGCUCCUGUUUUGGAGUACGAAAUGGAAGUAGAACUGUCCAACAAGACGAGAACUUCUUGCUAUCGAGGUAAGGAUCAAUUUUGCGUUGUGAAGGAUCUUAGGCCUGGGGAAAUGUACACAGUACAGGUUCGUGCAAUCAAUCGUAUCGGAGCGGGCGACUGGUCUGCAGAGUAUAGCUUCCAUGCUGGUGCAGCACCACCAAAUGCUCCCAAAGAGCUCAACAUACUGGUUAAAUCGCCAACACAUUUGUCUGCAAAUUGGGACGAGCCUCAUUGUAAUGGUGCACCGAUCAACGAAUACAUCCUACAGUCCAGUACGACACCGUCUUGUUCUAGCUCGACGCCUGAUGCCGAUGGGUCAGAGUUACUCUUCCAAACUGUAUUCCAUGGCCCUCAGCGAACAGCUGAACUAAAAAAUCUUACUCCUUUCACAAACUACCACUUCAGAGUGUGUGCAGUCAAUAGUUCUGGAAGCUCUCGCUAUUCGUCAACGUUCUCACAAACGACUCCAGCGGCUUCACCUAAUGUACCGAUAUUAGGUCAGCAUAAAAUUACGGCCAAAAGUAUACUUAUCUGCUGGGAAACACCUCAAUGCAAUGGUGCACCAAUAACCCACUACUACAUCGAAUGUGGAGAUCGAACGAUAUCGGUUUUAGCAGCAACAACACUCUGCCGGAUCAAGAACGAAAAUUCUGAAACAGCCAAGCGGAGCGAAGACAGCGAUGAUAGUGACCAAGAGGAUGAUAACGAAGACAGCGAUAACGAAAACGAAGACCCAAUUGAUGAAAGCUCCCUCACUGCCAAAAAUCAGAAGGCGUCGGACGAGACCUCUAUGAAUUUGUUGGACCAGAGUAGCGAUGGAACUGAAACUACGCGUAACGAGCUACUUGUAGAUGAACUGCAUCCAGAAACGUCGUACAAACUACGGAUACAGGCCGUCAACGACAUUGGAAGCGGUCCUUUCUCUUCUUAUAUCAAAUUUACUACCGCACCACUGCCACCAAAACCACCAAAAUUGGAGUGUAUACAGUAUGGUUUUUCACACCUAAAGCUGCGCUGGGGUGAAGGAAAGAAUCUGGCAGAUCUUGCCCGGUACUACGUUGAAGUGGAAAACAAUCGAACCGGGGAGUAUCAGAACGUGUACACCGGAACGCGUAGCACUUGUAAAGUGAUGAAAUUGCAUGAACUAACCCCGUACACCUUCCGGAUAGCAGUGGAAACGAAGCAUGCUGGCAUGGGAGACUAUUCGGAAGAUUUCGUGUUCGUGACGUCCGCUGCAACGCCCAACACAAUCAAGGCACCCCGUGUGUAUAUUGAACCGCUAGGAGGAAGUGCCAAUAGCUCCCCGCAACAUCCACCAGCACUUAACGGCAACGCGACCAAUCUCGCCUCAAAUACCAUCGUUCAGGGAAGCACUCACCUGACCACUGGUGGUGGUUCCUCAUCCGUCGGUGUUUUGACAAUCGAGUGGCAAACCAGCCGAAACAAUCCAUUCUCCGAUGCCAUUGAGUAUGUGCUGCAAAUGGCAAAAGCUAAGGAUCAUGAAUUUCUCGAGAUCUAUCGUGGACCUGAAACGCGAUAUACGUUCCACAAUCUGUGCUACGGCAUCGACUACCUUUUCAAAGUGUGUCCAGUUCGAGUCCGCUCGAAUGGAGAAGAAAUUUACGGCCAAUUUUCUCCCAUACUGCAUCACCAGUUGACGCCGCAUCGAAUAUCAUCCGCGAGCGCACAUCAGCAUGGUGGCAGCCAUCACUCUCGUCAUGGUCACGGUCAUGACGAGGUUGAUGGCGGAGGAUCAACUUCAUCGCCAAGGACCUACUUUGCUGGCAAUGUAGUAAACAGUCGCGGUGAGUUGAUUUUGAUGAAUGCCGCUGCCGGCAAUCACAGCGGUUCGGUUGCGUCCGGGGUGAACUAUAACGCUAGUAGUGUGAAUCAAAACGGGGCAAACGUUCGGAUCCAGAAGGGCACAAGCCUUGUUCAGAUCGUUUCCAAUUUGUUGGAAAAUGACUCGAGCAAGGCCGUUGUGUUCGUUUUGGUCUUUAUUGUGUUUUCCGUAAUUGUGGCUGCAUGUCUGAAGUAAAUUUCCAGGAUCAAAAACAUUAUCUAAAAUGAAGAAAAAUAUCUGAAACGUGUAUGUUUAAUUUUAUCUUCAAUUUAUAAAGCUGCAUAAGUACAUUUGCGUAACACGUCACCUUAUACGAAAGCUCAUACCUAUGCUGGUAACGAAUAUAGCUUAUACAAUAUACCUACUCACAGAGGCGCACACAAACAUGCAGCUUUGUCUCUCUGUCACAAAACUGAUAUGUUUGGGAUUUAGCUAAAUCAAUAAUCAAGAAAAAAAUCAGGACUUUUUAACUGAAUUUUUAUUUGUUUUGAAAUCCCAAGUAUGAAGAGAUGAUACAGAAUGAAUAAUCAAACCAAAAUGAUAGGAAAUCUAUGCAUCGGAAAAUUAUUGCUUUGUUGUCAACAAAUUGUCUAUGUUUACACGUACAUAUAUGGCUAUUUGCUGUUAUCAUUCUUGAGAGUCUUGUUCAACUUCAAUAAAACAUCAGGACUUCUAAGAUCAUUAGUCUUCUUGUUAGAGGUUUCAUGAUAAGAGCAACAUACCUGUUAUAUCUGCUGUUGGAGAAUGAUACCUGAGCAUACAUCACAGAGUGGACAGAUCAAGAAGUUUGUUUGGAAGUUCAUUAAAAGUUAUAUGAUUGAUGUUAUUUUGAGCUGGUUUGUAAAUUGGAAUCAUCAGAAAUUUAAAUCGCUUAAUGUUUUUCUUACGAGUGCCCUUUUAAUCGACGAUUUAAAAUAAUCAAUAGUCGAGUUUUUUUUUUAACUUUCCACUCGUUGAUGCUCUCUUAACAAAUGUAUUAAAUAGAAAAAAAAAUUGAUUUACAUUUACUUUGCUUCAAUCGUUCUGUGGCUCUAAAAGUAUGAGCACCAACACUUUUUUUCCAAUCACUCUUUCUGAGUAUCCCUUAACGAAAAAUUCAUCAAAAAAUAUUCGCGUAAUAUUACCCACAUAUAGUAGAAUUUUGUGUUGUCAAGGUAGAGCUGAGAAUUCCGCUUGGAAGAUGUGUUAGUAAACUAAAAAUAUAUGUUAAAUUUGCUAUAUUGUUUAUGUUAUAAGGACAGUUGAACUGAUACGAAAUUGGUGUUAGUCGAACAAUGCACGGCUUAAACUUUCGAUAUCAGUGUCCUGGAAUGAGAGUGUCCUUAUUAUACGCUUAUAUAGGAAGCAAACUGAGUGAAGAAGCUUCUUUGAUUUUUCCACUGUUUUGGUUUUGGGGUAGGUAUCCGUUGAAAUUUGUUUUUGUUUUGGCAAUAGUCGAUUAGUAGGAAAAACAAACAAGGUAAAAACAAUUCCGUGGCUAAUCCGUUAAUGAUAUUGAAACUUAUACUUCAUUACCGAUAUCCACUAUCUGGAUCCAACAGAAAAAUGAAAAUAGCCUAUAAAGAUGAAAUCUAUAGUAUUAUUAAAUAUAUGUAAAGCAAAAAUAGAACAGAUCAGUGGUACUUGUGAAACAAAACGACAAACAAAUCUAAAAUGGGCGUGUCCAAAUAUAGAACUUUGAGAUAACAAAACAGCAAAAGCCUCAACAAUUGCUAGAAACAUAAACUACUACAUAAACUACACAGAUAAUUAAAACGAAGAAAGGGGUCUUCGAUCCCUAGCUCCCCGCCUCUAAAAAUUUUCUUUCUCAAAAAUGAACACAAAUGGAUAAAAUUAUAGAACUGCGCCGUAAGCAUUCCAAUUUUUCAGUUUGUUUUAAAUACCACCUAUCUGUAUCAUUACAAUGUUUUUAUUUUUUCAACACGAGUUUAAAAACGUACAAGCGAACAGAAUACUUAUAGCAUCGAUAAAGGAGGAAAAUAAACAUAGACAAGAAAGCCAAUUGAAAUAUCCGUACUAUUGAAGAAAUCUCAGUGUUCUCAGCUGUAUGACUUCGAAAAGACUCAAGAGCUCUGACCGUUCGUGGAUACAUCUCUGAACACGUUUGGCCAAUGUUUGAAACAAAUUCAUUUUCCAGAGGACAUGUCGGAGUAUAUUUACUCUAAUCAAACAUAAUCUGUGCUUGUUUAACUAUUCAAUUCUUCUUUCUUACCGCAAUCGCACUAGUGCGGUUUUCUCUCUAUAAAUAAAUUCUAUAAAUAAUUUAUGUUUUAUUUUUCACAGAGCAUUGAAACUAGAAACAUUAGACUCUCCUGAAAAAAAAAACCAUAAUUUGUGUGCAAUUUUCUGUUUUCUCAUCCCAAGCUUUUUAGAAGUGAUAUUUUUAUAAAAUAUUAUCAGGAUUUUCAUUUUUUUUUAUUUGUUGCUCUUAAAGCAUAAAUUGAGUUACGUGUUUCACUUCGUUUAGUAGCUUUAAACAACCGUUGUAUUAAUUUCCUACCCGCGAUUAUUUAUCUUAUAAUUUUAUUUAUACACAAAGGCAAUUUUUUUUUUUGAAAAUAGAAGAGAAGAAAAACCUCUGUUGUGGUGGUAUAAGCUUGUAUGUUGAUAAUUUUUUUAUUUCACUUUCUCUCUCUCAUUGUUGUCUAGUUUGUAAAACCGGUAAACACCAUGCAAUAAUAAAAAUAUUGUCAACAAUGCAUUUUUUUUUUUGCUUUUUUUAUAUUUUACCGCAACUCUAAACACACCUAGUAAACAUUAUUUACACUCCAGAUGUUUAGUUUAUAAUAUUUUAUGUAUACCUUUGUUCUUUAGUAGGUUUUUUUAAAAUGAAUUGUUUCUGUCAUAUACUAUACUUAAAUAAACAAACAGCAAUCAAAACGAAAAUACCAGACAAACGAUGGAUGAUACUGAAUCUAAUGUGUUAUGUAAAGAUGUAUGCAUGAAAACCAACCCAGGAAUGAUAAGUAGAAAUAACUUGAACAAGAAUCAAAAACAACGUAGAAAAUUAUUUAAAAAAAAACUGUAUAUUUCAGUCAAUUGUUCUUUGUUUUUUUGGCGAAUCAAAUGUUUAGCAUCAAUCAAACUUCCAAGAAUGCUGUCUGGAUACACAGCUAGAUAAGUAUAGGAAUGAAUAAAAGUUUGAGCCCGGUUAGCUAAGAACAUGAAUGGCUUUAACUACCAAUUUAAUAAUGAUUAUCAAUAGCAAGAAGGAAGAAAGCAGCAAAAGCGCUAAACUACUAAUACUUUUUGUAUCCGAAAAAAAAACUAUUAUUCAGACAAGAGAAUCACAUUUACCUAUUACAAAAAGAAUACUAAACAGUAUCUAGGUACAAGAUGAAUAACGAAAAACCAACUAAUCUAGAAGAGGAGAUCGAGUUAUUGAGGGAACCGUGGAAUUGGUUGACGAUUUGACAAAUUGUUGCUCGAUGACUAUGGCAAUUGAAUUGACAGAUUCGGUAGAGAAAUUAUAGUAGGUUGUUAGACUGUUAAAUUAUUUUUUUCUUCGAAACAAAAUAGAAAGAAAAAGAAAACAAUAGGUACAUCGAUGUUAACAAUGUCUGCUUUCUUGUGACACCAAUAGGUUGACUUAAAUAAAGGAAUCUUUUGUACGGCGCAAGGAGCACAAUUUUGUAUGUACAUAACACAGAAAAAAAGGUACAGAACCAAAUCAUGUUUUUAAUUUUCUUGUUGAAAAUAUUGUUUCUCGAACCUGGAAAGUGGAUAAAUGGCAUGUGCACGAGUGCGAGAUGAUGAUACAAACGAAGUAGGAAAUAAAACAAAUGCAACUUGAUAAUAGAAUGAAAAUAUUCGUAAAUCUAGGUUUCUUGUAUUAAAUCUUUAGGCCUAGCGAAUACAAAACAAAUUAAAUCCAACUAUGAUGAUACGGCUGAUUACGCAGAAGAUAAUAAGCAAAACAAGAAAGAAAGAGAAAAAUAUACACAAAUAUUAUUAAAAGAACAUCAACAACAUUAUUAUUAUUAAUUAUUCAAAUGGGGGUUAGUAGCUGUGUAAAUUUUACUAAAACAAUUUGACAUGAAACACAGAUUUUUUUUUUUUGUAAAAAGGUAACUUCUAUAUUUCUGUUUUAUUUUUUUUAUAAUUGGUUUAUUAUAAAGAUGUUGCAUCCUGUAUUUUUCCCCAACAAAGCCAAUUCUAUUACUUUUAUUUUCCUUCGCCCAAAUAAACGCAUAGGAAAACAGAACAACAAACUAGGAUAGUUAUAUGCAAAACAAUAAAAUUUAAACCAACAAAAAAAACAUUAAAAAAGGCGUGAUUGAAAGGAGAGUUCGUCGAUAGCCGAAAAAAUUCGACUUAGAUUGAACGACAAAAAUACGGCCAAGAGAAUAAAUACGAAAAGUGAAGAUGUGACCUAAUAAAUGUAAACGGGGCAAUUGAUAAUUGAAACGAUAUGAACGAACAAAAAUAUGUCAGCAACAUAAAAUGGAAGCAAAAAAAAAAACGGUAUAAUAUUGCAAUUAUAAUGAACAUAGAAAACAUCCAAUGGAGUACUGUAUAACAAAAAAAUAUGAUAACUGCAAGAACAACACACACACAUACACGUAUAUAUGAACAAUUUAAAAAAAUGGAAAAUAAAUUAAAAAUAUGUAUGUUAAAACGUGGACAUUAAGUAUAUAAACAACAAGAAUAUCUUAAUAUAUAUGAACAAUAUUUAAUUUAACAGAAAUAUAUUUUAUGU